UUGGCCGUGUUAUGGAAUACAUUUAAUAUUAUAAAAGACAAAGUACAAACCAUGAUAUUUCUAAAAACAGUGUUGAAUACAACGUAUUAUCAUUGAUUAUAAAUACUAUAAGUAAUACUAUAGUAUUUAUAAUUAAUGGUAUUAUCUUAAGUAACAACGAGCUAUUAUAUUAAGCAAAAAAUAAACGUUACGUAUAUGGUAACGAUAUAAUAUUAUUUGAUCGGUAUGAACGUAGUAACGAACAUUAUGAUACGACAACGAGUACGACAGUUAUCUGUGGUGUACAGGACGGCGCAUGACGUGAUGCGACAAACGGACAAACAACACUAACACAGUCCUUACUCCGUAGUCUUUACUAAAUAAUAUAGCUACUACUUUUUCUAUUUUCUGUACAGUUUUUUGAGAAUAAUGUCUGAGAAAAGACCUAAUGUGUUUUCUGUAUUCAAUUUAAAAAAAAAGAAAGUUGAGUCUGUCGAUGGUUGCAAUAAUAUUGAAAUAAAAAAAGACAGCCUUUUGCCCGAUGGUAUAGAAGUUGACAAUCCUAAUUUAUUAAAAAAUGAGACCCUGAAAAGUACAAAUUUGGGAAAAUUAGUAACUGCACCUAUGUUAAAGUUUAAAAAUGCUAAGAAUGACUUCAACAAACAUUCAAAAACAGAAUAUCAUCUUCUUUCUGUUCAAAGAGCAAAUGACUUCCUAAUCAAUUUUGAAAGUGGGUUUGAAAAAACAGUUGAUGUACUCUUUGAUAAACAUCUACAACAAUCGAUUGAAAGCAACAAAAAAAGGCUGAUACCAAUUGUUAAGACAAUAUUAUUCUGUGCUAGAAAUAAUUUACCGUUGCGUGGUCAUCGAGAAGCUGGUUCUUUAUCAUUAGAAAGUGUGAGAAGUUCUUGUACAGUUGGUGAACAAGGUAUUCUUCGUGCACUUCUGGCUUUUCGUGUCGACAGUGGUGAUACAGAACUUCAAAGACACUUUGAAACUUCCCCUAAAAACUGCACAAUGAUCAGCCCCAAAGUCCAGAAUGAAAUAAUUGAUGUAAUUGGUGAUGUAAUUGUAGGGAAAAUAGUUGAACGAGUCAAACAAUUUCGAUUUUUUUCAUUACUAUGUGAUGAAACUACUGACAUUAGCACUACUGAACAGAUGACAGUAUGUAUACGAUAUGUAGAUACGUCAUCUUGGAUACUUAGAGAAGAUUUUCUGGGAUUUGUAAAAAUGACUUCAACUACUGGUUUAGCAAUAAAAGAUGCAAUAUUAAUAAAACUUAAAGAAGUUGGUCUUAGCAUAGAUAAUCUUAGAGGACAAGGUUAUGAUGGAGGAGCAAACAUGUCUGGUAAACAUAAUGGUGUCCAAAGUCUAAUUUUAAAUGAGCAACCACUAGCAUUCUAUACGCAUUGUUUUAGCCACUCUUUGAACCUUUGCUUAUACAAGGCCUGUAAUGUUCCCUCGGUCAAAAAUAUGAUGGGAAUUGUAUCAAGUAUUGCUGCUUUUUUUUCUGCUUCAGCUAAGAGAGCUGAUAAAUUGAAAUCAGUUAUUUUAGGCGAUAGCAAUAAUUCACAAAAAAAAGAAAAAUUGAAAACACUGUGCGAGAUACGUAGGAUUGAGCGUCAUGACGCAUUGAUUACAUUUAAACAAUUGUAUGUUUAUGUAGUGCAUGCUCUUGAAGAUAUUUCACAUGAUCCUAAUCCUGAAAGCUCAUGCAAAGCAGCAUUAUAUUUAAAUUCAGUGACAAAAAUUGAUUUUCUCGUUGCACUUGAAGUUACAGUAACUUGUUUUGCCUACACUUUGCAACUCAGUAUUUCUCUUCAGAGCAAACAACAAGAUAUUUCUAAAGCAUUAUCCGACGUAAUGGUUAUUCGCAGUGCACUAGAAGAGCUUCGAGAAGGUGCAGAUGGACACUUUAAACAAAUUUUUAAGGAUGUUUCUGAUAUUGCAAAUUUAGCGAAUGUAGAAAUAUGCAUGCCUCGGAUAUGUGGUAGGCAAACACAAAGAAUAAAUAUAAAUUCAAAAGAUCCAGAGACAUACUUCAAAGUAUCAGUGUUUCUUCCUUUUCUUGAUUUCAUCCUUCAAGAAUUGGAUGCACGAUUUAAUCAACGACUAAGCGAUAUAAUACCUUUACAGGGACUUAUUCCAUCAAAUUUUAGUAUGUACGACGAUGAAACUAUAUUGAAGGCUUCUAUCUAUGCUCAAGAUCUUUCAACUGAUGAUGAUUCUAUUCUUAAAGCAGAGUUGCGCAUUUGGAGACACCAAUGGAAAAAUAUGCAAAUUAUACCAGAUUCGGCCAUUGUUACCUUACCCCAUUGCACAGCUAUCGUACCAAAUAUUAAAAUACUCUUACAAUUGUUUGCAACAUUGCCAGUCACCUCAGCCACACCCGAACGUACGUUUUCAACACUAAAACGAUUAAAAACAUAUUUACGGUCAACCAUGUCGGAAGAACGACUCAAUGGAUUGGCAUUAACAAAUAUUAACAAAAAAGAACAAUUGAGUGAGGAUGAAAUAAUUAAAUUAUUUUCCAAAAAGGCACCCAGAAGGAUGCAACUAGAAGACUGGAGCAAAUAA